AUGAGACGGAAACCGCCCAAAUUGGGGGUGGCCUACCUGCUGCUCCUCGCCCUCGUUACCGUACCCGGGCUCCUGGGCAGUGACGACCCAGCUCGUCUCGUCGUUCGGCCCGACUCGUCUACCGUAGUUACCGGGACUGCAGUCUCGUUUUUUUGCCGAUCCGACGGAAAUCCGUUACCCACCGUACAAUGGAAAAUCAACGGGAAGGGACCGCAGGAGAAUCGAUUCGUGAUCAAAUCGCUGCCCUCCGGCCUCUCGACGCUUCGGAUAGAGGCCGUUCAAAAUGCCGACAACCAGAGUCUCAUCUCCUGCACGGCCGACAACGGGGUCGCGCAUCCGGUUUAUGCAGAAGCUCUACUUACGGUGUAUUUGAAUGAAUCCACCCCAGCCGGCUUCCCCUCCAUCGAUGCCCAUCCUUCGCUAAAAUCAGUCGAACAGGGCCGUACUGCCCAUGUAAAUUGCAGAGUCCACGGCACGCCUAGACCCAAGGUGCUCUGGCUGCGUGAUCUGAUCCCAGUCGACAUCCGGGCCGAUCCCCGAUAUUCCGUUUCGACUAUUGGCAACCCAGGCGCGCUGAUGAUCCAGAAUGCGAGGGAGGAGGAUCAGGGACGAUAUGAAUGCGUGGCCAGGAAUGAGCACGGGGUGAUGCACUCGAAGGCUGCUCAUCUUUAUGUUAAAGGUGUAUGCAAGUUU